AAGGAGAGGUUUCCCUGGCUCAGAAUGCCCUUGCGUGAGCUCUGCGAGCUUGGAGUGGCAGAGAGGGAAUACAGAAGAGAAGCUGGGAUACACACACCGGCAGCUGCUGAGGAUAGGAUAGAAAAAGCAAGGUGAUUCCAAAUAGGUGUGAUAGAUAUAGUGAUAAAAUUUUAAAAAGUCAAUACAGAGCAUCAAGGAAUUGCUUUUUUCUUGGACAUACCUGGAAACCACUUAUUUAUUUCUGCAGCCACCUUCCCUGUCUUUAGAACAGACUCCCUUAUCUUUUGCAUUGCCUUGGUCUCCUUUUUCGCCUGUACUCUCCUGUGACAGACACUGCCACCAUGGAAACUGGGAGCCCGAGGAAGAUACAGUUCACCGUCCCCCUACUGGACACUCACCUGGACCCAGAGGCAGCUGAACAAAUCAGAAGACGCAGACCUACGCCUGCCACUCUAGUGGCAUCGAGUGAUCAGUCAUCACCAGAUGAAGACCGACUCCCAAACCAGUUGUAUAAGGCAGCGUUGUUGAACUCUCCUCGACAACGGCGAAAAGGACAAAAAGGAACGCCUACAAUGAAAGAACUGCAGUUCCUGGUAGAGCACCACUUGUACAGGCAGCAGCAGGGAGCAGGGGAUGAAUGCUCCUCGGAGAGCUGCUUGUCAGAUAGACCGAGCCCCGACUCCGUUCCCACCGGAGAAGAGCUCCCAGAUGAUGAUGAGGCCACCGCCGAGGCCUUUGAAAAACUGCGCUGCCAAAUGGAGGAGUUCUCAAGGGAGAGUUUAUUAGACGAGGCCGCUGGACUCAAGUGCCCCCUUCCAAGAGAGAAUCAAGAAUGUUCCGAUGUUGCCAAUGUACCUGAUCGCUCACCAAAUCAAAAGAGCACACAAAAAGACACCAAAGCAGGAGCAGCCAGUGCGAGCCAGUCGUCAGAAACGUCAAAGACUUACAGCCUGGAGAAAGACAAAUAGAGCAGAGCUCUGAGCGGCAGGAUGAUGUUCACAGUCUGCGCCGUCAGUCCAACUAAACGCUGACUAAAGAUUGUGUCUGCAGAUACACUUGAUAGAAAUGUCAGGGCAUCUUUAUUCCUCUACAGUCAGGCCUUAGUUUCCACUUUAACAGCAAGUAUUUUUUUGGGGGGGGGGAAUUCUGAAUGAGGGGAAAGUUCCUAAGUUUGUUUGUUGUGACCUUUCCUCCCCUAAUCAGAUGCUAGCCUUACGUGCAGGAACCAGGAAUGGAGUAUUUUGUUGUCCAUAAUAACAAACUUCUAUAAAAGACAUGCUUACUGUCCCAUCUCUAUCAUUACUGCAGUCAAACUACUUCGUAUGCGAUUCUUAUGUUUGAACAGUGCAACCAUUUUUAUUUUUUUUAUUAUCUUCAGGCAAUAAAAUUUUAUUUGUACCUUAAAAAACUGGGGCAAAGUUGUCAAUCAACUCUCAUUCUAUAGACCUAUUCAAAUUCCUAAUUAUUACCGUAUUUUUCAGCAUAUAAGUAGCAUUUUUUGGCAUAGUUUGGCCUGGGGUGCCAUUUUUUCUAAACAUAAUAGGCUCAUAUAAUCAUUAUUUUCCCACAAACAACUCUGAUCGAUCUCCUCCUUAUUUGUAUCAAGACAUUUCAAUUCUUGGUUAAAUUUUCCUUCGUCUGACUAAUGCAGCAAGUCAUCAAACUGGGUUGCAGAGACACAGAACGACCGCUGACAGACCCGUCAUUCCAACGCAACUCCUGCAGUAGAAGGUUAAGAUCGCAUUAACCCUUGAGCUAUCCUUGGCACUUUAACAUUGGGAGUUGGGUCAUCUAGACCCACUAGACAGUGCGCUGAACCUUUGUUUCUUCAAUGAUUUUUGAUC